AUGGUUCCCGCAGUUGGCCGGGAUUGUCGCCUAACAAGGCCGUCUUUGCUCUCCUGUAACACAAAACCCCAACCUCGAGCCUUUCAUACCAACCCCCAAUCCAACUCCCAGAAUCAAUCUCAAUGGCAUCGAUUGAAUCACAAAACAUACAGUCGCCCACUAGACGCAUACGAAAAGGUCUUUCAUGCUCUCUGUUACGAGCCGUCGCAUCGCAGUCUCGAUAUCUUCACCACCUGCGCACUGGAGACAGAGCAUACGACAUCUGAAAUUUUGGACGCCUCGAAGAAGGUAUGGAGGAAGAUGCGAUAUGCCCAUCCUACUCUCGAUGUCGACGUGAUGCCGGAUGAGUAUCGCUAUACCGUUCCAUGUGGUCCCUCGAUGAUGGAGGACUGGGUCGAAAGAACGUUCAUUAUACAGGAUGGUAACUCCGGUCUGGAGGCUGGAAAGCUUGUCACUAUCCCACGUCGUGCUGAAAAGCCGAUGAUGUAUUAUUUUCCCUCCGAGAAACGGUUCAUCCUGACCAUCGAGCACAUGCUUAUCGAUGGGAGGGGAGUCAGAUUAUUCAUGUGUGAGUUUCUCUCGGACCUAUCAAGUAUACUCUCCGGGGAAGCCAUCAUCGAUUCUGGCGAAGAGUGGGGAUCAGAGGUUGGAAAGCUGCCGUUGGGAGCAUUGCAGGUUGCGGAGCUUGAUAACGUCAACGGAGAUGGGUGUAACACCCUCCUCUCCACGCUUCCGGAAUUCAAGCCAAAUCGGGAAGCUUUUAUAUUUCCGACAGUGUCCAGGCCUCACGAGGCUGGCGUAGCUAAGGUGCAGACCAUCGAGUUUACCAAACAGCAAACGCUAUUGAUCUCGGCCGCGGCUAAGCAAUUUGGAUACGGGGCCGCGGCUUUCCUCCACACAGCAAUCUUACAUGCCGCAAGAAUAGUAUGCCCUGUCGCGGGAAAUAAACUAAACAGCACAUUUGUAAUUUUCGAUUCCCGCGGGGUCUGCCAGGCCGCACAGAACGACCGCCCCUGUCCGCCUGUUGCCAUCCGUUUUUCUCUCUGGCCUGUCCAGCUGGAGAUGGCCGAUGACCUGCACCAGACGGCAUCCGUCGUCAAUGAAGCGUAUAAGACCGUUACCCGUCGCAGACCUGCCGCCGUGGCUUCGGCUCCAGAAGCCUUACUAAAAUCGGGAAGUAUUUUGAAACCCGAAUUCGACCGAGGUUUAUUCCCAAGCUUCCUCGGAGACACCAUGAAGUCGGCGAAAUAUGAGGCUUUUAGGGUGCGGGAGUUCUGGAUGGAUGCGCUGCCGGCAGAUGAGAAGGUUUUUCUGGGAGUUCAAACGUUUGACGGUCGACUUUCGAUUCGGGCAGCGUAUAGUUCGCAGUUUUAUGAGGAUGAACCUGUUGGGGAGCUGCUUCGUGGGAUUCAGUCGGAAUUGCGAGCGGUUCUGGGUGGAGGCCUGUCUUCCUUUUAG